CUUUGUUAAAGCCGCUUGAUAACGCUGAUGAAUGAGCGCUCUCUCUAACUGAUGCCUGUGAGGACUAGUGCACGCUGACACCGCUUUCAAACAGGACCUGUUCUUUCGGCGGAUGCUCUGAGGUGAGCGGCUGUUGACAUGACAACAGACGAGGCAGAAAGUCACCAGAAAAAGCCGAGGCAGCAGGAGGAAGCUGGCCAGGGUGCCAGACCUCCCACUCCAGAGGACGACCAGCUCCGACCUCAAAACCACAACUCUGCUGGCCGCGGUCUCACACGCCUCUUUUCCUCCCUCCUGAAAAGGCGUUCACAGUGUGAGAGCGAGGGUGGAGAAAAGGAGGACAAGGAGGAAGAAGCUAAAGCACCCAUCGCUGACCCCGAACCUGAACUAAAAACAGAGGGCGAGGUCGCCCUUGACCAGCACUCAGUAAGCAGCGCUGAGGCUCAGGCUACCCAGGUAGAGAAGAAAGAGACUGACGAGGACAAGGUUGGAAAAGAGAAGGAGAAACACGAGGACAAGGAAGGGGAGGUUACCUUGGAGAAAGAAGAGGAGAAGGACAAAGAGAAGAAGGAGGAGGAGGAGGAGUCUGGCCCUGAAGAGGGCAGUAGGGGAGAAAAGGAAGAGAAAACAGCAGAGGAAGAAGCCAAAGCUUCCAGAGUGUCACGCCGACCCAAGACCAUGCAGAUCAAAGUCACACUGCUGGACGACACUCUGUAUGAGUGCGAGCUGGACAAACACGCUAAAGGCCAGGAGCUGUUCAUGAAAGUGUGUGACCACCUGAACCUGCUGGAAAAAGACUACUACGGCCUGGCAAUCUGGGAAACUCCCACUAUGAAGACUUGGAUGGACCUGACCAAAGAGAUCCGCAGGCAGGUACAAGGUGCCAAUUAUAAUUUCACUUUCAAUGUAAAAUUCUAUCCACCGGACCCAGCCCAGCUAUCAGAAGACAUCACCAGAUACUAUCUUUGUCUCCAACUGCGAAAGGACAUCCUCCAGGGCCGCCUUCCCUGCUCCUUCGUUACUUUGGCUCUGCUGGGCUCCUAUGCUUUGCAGUCAGAACUUGGUGAAUAUGACCCCGAGGUGCACGGCAGUGAAUAUGCUAAAGAAAUGAAAAUGGCCCAAGGUCAAACCAAGGAGCUGGAGGACAAAAUGAUGGAGCUGCACCGCACAUACAGAUCCAUGAGCCCAGCGCAAGCAGAUCUGAUGUUCCUGGAGAAUGCCAAGAAACUUUCCAUGUAUGGAGUGGACCUCCACCAGGCCAAGGAUCUGGAUGGAGUUGACAUCAUACUGGGAGUUUGUGCCAGUGGUCUGAUGGUUUACAAAGAUAAACUGAGGAUCAACCGUUUCCCCUGGCCCAAAGUCCUUAAAGUCUCAUACAAACGAAGCAGCUUCUUCAUUAAAAUAAGACCAUCUGAGGUGGAACAUUAUGAGAGUGCCAUUGGAUUCAAGCUUCCCAACUACAAGGCAGCCAAAAAGCUGUGGAAAGUGUGUGUCGAACAUCACACCUUCUUCAGGCUGACCUCCUCUGAGAUGGCCACCACCCCAAGGAAGUUCCUAGCAUUGGGCUCGAAGUUUCGUUACAGCGGUCGGACUCAGGCACAGACCAGACAGGCUAGCUCUCUGAUUGACAGACCAGCUCCCCUUUUCCAGCGCUCCUCCAGCAAGAGGAACUCUCGCAGUCUGGAUGGAGCAAUGGUGUCGACUCCUGACAACAAGUCCAGUCGUCCUGUCAGUGCCCCCGUUAUGUCACCAGUGUCACCUGGGGAGGCCACCCCAUCACCACUGCUACCCACCCUGCCUCGUUCUGACCACCACGAUGUCUCCACGCCCAGAAGACACCGAUAUUCCAGCAGAAAGGCAGAGUUAAAGGCAGAAUGCCUAACAACUGACAGCGUCAAGAGCCACAGUCCCAAGUCUACUCCAGAGAUUAAGACGGUGGGCAGGAGAGAGCGGAGGCAUGCCCCGUCUUUGGCCAUCACUAAUGGGGAAAAAGAACGAAAAAGCCAGCACUCUCUUCAGGACAGAAAGAUGGAGAUGGUUCGAGUGAGGAAGAAAAGAUCAAAGAAACUUGAGGGUGAAACAAUUUAUAUCAGACAUAGCAAUUUAAUGUUGGAGGACCUGGAUAAGACCCAGACUGAAAUUAUGCGGCACCAUACCAGCAUCAGCGAGCUGAAAAGGAGUUUCAUGGAGUCUGUACCGGAGCCUCGGCCCAGCGAGUGGGAUAAGCGUCUUUCCACCAACUCUCCUUUCCGCACAGCGAGCAUCAAUGGUCAGCUCCAACCAGCAUCUCCUGUGCUAAAGACCCAGACAAUCACCAUCUCAGAUGUUACCAAUUCUGUAAGAGGAACUGCAGCCUACAAGGACAUACCCUUAGUUCACACUGCAACCAAGACCAUCACAUACGAGUCAGCUCAGCCGGUGGACAGUGUGGCAGAGAGGGAGUCGGGAGUGCUGCUGAGUGCCCAGACGAUUACUUCUGAGACCAUCAGCACCACCACCACCACCCAGAUCACCAAGACGGUGAAAGGAGGGAUCUCUGAGACUCGCAUUGAAAAGAGAAUUGUCAUCACUGGGGACACAGAAAUAGAUCAUGACAAGGCUUUGGCCCAGGCCAUUAAAGAGGCAAAGGAGCAGCACCCAGACAUGUCUGUCACCAAAGUGGUUGUGCAUCAGGAGACGGAGAUCACCCCAGAGUAAGACGGACUCAUCCUGUGGAAGCCCUCUCAGCUUCCCCCCACCCCAUUCCUCCUCGUAUCUCCAUCACACCAUUUUACCUCAGCGCACCCAACAACCAUCAACGGGAACCACCAGACCUCAUCAGAGCGAACCAGCUUCAACAAUGACAAAUGAACUUGACUCCACGAGUGUGAAGUUUGGCCUGAAGGAGACAGAGUCACCAGAAAAUUCCCAAGAACCCUGCCAGUAUUCCCCACAAUCCCCCUCUUGUUCCAUUUACUGCCAAAAGAGCAGCUGCUGGAGUUAUGGAUGAAAAAUCAUCUUUUUUUUUAAAUAUGAAAAGGAAAUUAAAGAAUAGCAUUUGUGGAUUUCUUCCUCUCCAAUUUGUGUGGAGAUUUUACGAAAAAAUCAAGGGCAUUUGGUCUUUUACUCUUGAUAUAUUGGUAAUUUAUUUUUCUACAGCUUUUCUUACCAUCAGAAUUGGUUACCAGUAACUUGAAAAUCAAGUAUUUUGUAACAAUGUAUUCCGAGCAGCAUUGACAAAGGGAUUGUGGGUGAUGUCUCUUGGGAUUGUACACUUUGGGACUCGCAGGAUCCCUCUCAAAUUUUAGUGCAAGUUUGGUGUCAUUUCUUGUACAGUAAAUAUUUUAUUUUCCCUCUCGACGUUAAAAAUAAUAUUUUUUCAAUUUGUGUAUAGGAAAAGAUUGAUUGUAUCAAACUAACGUGCGGGAAUUAAUCCUUUCAUCAGACAAAGUUCUGGCAUUUGUUCAGUGACACCUUUUGAUUGUUUAGUUGUGUUUUUGUGCUCGUGGUACCAAAACAGGGCUUCAUCAGGACCACAGAGAUCGUAGUGCACUGACAUGACUUUUAUUUAUUUCCACUUUUGUGCGUUUUGUGUUUUAGAUAUACUAUGAUUUUAUAUUGACAACGUUCCCCACACCGGUUAUAGUUUGUGCAUAAUGUUUCUACUUUUCCUCACAGUGGGCAGUGUGUACACUUCCAUUGGCGCUGCUUUAAAGACAUUUGCCAUCUGUGAAAUAUUGAAGUCGGUAAAGAGAAGAGCAAAACAUCAGAGUCUGUAUAUUUAGACUUUAUUAUAUAAAAUCUGAAUAUUGCAUCACAUUAAAAUGAUAGAAAUGGUUGACAUAUCCAACUCUUAAUAAUAAUACGGUAAAUUGGGAUAAUUUUCUGUUAUAUUUCAAAGAACAACACAAUUCAGAUUAUCAGCUGAUUAUAAUGGAACAACAGAAAGGGGAUGAAUGUGGUGAAAUUACAGCAGCAAGGGGAAACGACACAGAGGAGAAACUCGGCAUGUAACGUUAAUAAAGCAGAAGCAACAAAAAAAA